GCUAGCUGCAUGCUAAGCUUACAGACGUAGCUACAGGUAGACGUUUUACCGUCAGCUCACCGCCGAAAGAGCCUCGUCGUUGUUUCCUGGUUUUCUUGACAUCCCCCCGCCAUUCCUGGACGAAUUCGUGUCGACUGCCCAGAGUCCACGAAUUCAAGUCCAUUGUUUAGCCUGCUGUACUAAACAAGCAGUCGAUUCCAAAUUUAGAAGGAGUAAAAGAAAAAUCUUGACUUAGCUAUCUGUCAAAUCUAAGGGUAACUCGUCUGCCACCGGCCACACCCAACAUGUCCCUGCAACAGUUCCUGCUCGAGCCCAUAACAUGUCACGCCUGGAACCGGGACCGCAGCCAAAUCGCCAUCAGUCCCAACAACCAUGAGGUCCAUAUUUAUAAGAAGGCUGGAAACCAGUGGGUGAAGAACCACGAGCUAAAGGAGCACAAUGGCCACAUUACAGGCAUCGACUGGGCCCCCAAGAGUGAUCGCAUCGUGACGUGCGGGGCGGACAGGAACGCCUACGUGUGGUCCCUGAAGGAGGGUGUGUGGAAGCCCACCCUGGUCAUCCUCAGGAUCAACAGGGCCGCCACCUUCGUCCGCUGGUCGCCCCUGGAGAACAAGUUUGCUGUGGGCAGCGGAGCCCGGCUCAUCUCAGUCUGCUACUUUGAGUCUGAGAAUGACUGGUGGGUGAGCAAACACAUCAAGAAGCCGAUUCGCUCGACCAUCCUCAGUCUGGACUGGCAUCCCAACAAUGUGCUGCUGGCUACUGGAUCCAGCGACUUCAAAUGCAGGGUGUUCUCAGCCUACAUCAAGGAGGUGGAGGAGAAGCCAGGCCCCACCCCCUGGGGCAGCAAGAUGCCGUUCGGGGCGGUGCUGGCGGAGUUUGGGGGUGCGGGGGGGGCCGGCGGGGGCGGGGGCUGGGUGCACUCGGUGUCCUUCUCCUCCUCGGGGAACCGCCUGGCCUGGGUCAGUCACGACAGCACCCUCACCAUGGUGGACAGCACCAAGGGGGCCAUACCCUCUCAGCUGAAGACUGAGUUCCUGCCUCUUCUCAGUGUGAUCUUCGUGUCUGAAAACAGUGUUGUAGCAGCGGGUCACGACUGCUGCCCCAUGCUGUUCCGCUGCGAGGCGGGGGGGGGGGGCGUGGUGCUGGUGUGCAGGCUGGACCAGCCGAAGCAGGCAGCCCAGAGGAACAUCUCAGCCAUGGAGCGCUUCAGGAACAUGGACAAGAGAGCCUCGAGCGAAGAGCGCAACACGGCCCUGGACACCCUGCACCAGAACAGCAUUACCCAAGUGUCUAUAUAUGAAGGAGAUAAGAGAGACUGUCGUAAGUUCUGCACCACGGGCAUAGAUGGAGCCAUGACCAUCUGGGACUUCAAGAGUCUAGAAGCUUCUAUCCAGGGACUCCGCAUCAUGUGAUCAACUAAUGAAGGAACCACACUGCCUCUCCCCUCCACUCCCCUCCCCUCCACUCCCCUCCUCUCCCCUCCUCCUCUCCCCUCCUCCCCUCCCCUCCCCUCCUCUCCCCUCCCCUCCCCUCCUCUCCCCUCCUCCCUAAUGAUGCGGCCAGUUUCACCAUGCUAAAGUGUCUGCUAAAGCACUGACCACAACACACACACCCUACGCACACACACACCCUACACACACACACACCCUACACACAAAAAGUACAAAAAGACAGACACACUACACGCGUGCACUACAUGCAAACACACCACAUACAAACUAACCACACACACACUCAACCUCUCAAAACUGACCAGCUGUGUGACAUCACUGUUAUUAUUUUGUUGUUUGUUUAUAAAUAAAUAAAUGAAGGUUCCAAGGGUCACAGGUUAACAAGCCCUCUGAUGUUACUAACAACCUAACUCUGCCCCUCCCCCCACACACUUGAGCUGUGGUGUGUGUGUGUGCGCGUGUGUGUGUGUAUGUGCGCGGGGGGUGUGUGGUGCGGAACCAAAGCCCCACUGAGCGAUUCUACCUGGUCUGUAAGCAUGUCUGGUGGGAGACGGUUUGAAACUUCUAAAACGUUGAGACUGUUUGAAACUGUUCUAGAAUGUUGAGACUGUUUGAAACUGUUCUAAAACGUUGAGCGGAUUUGAAACUGUUCUAGAACGUUGAGACUGUUUGAAACUGUUCUAGAACAUUGAGACAUUUGAAACUGUUCUAGAACGUUGAGACAUUUGAAACUGUUCUAUAGUAUUGGACCUGUUUUUGUUUGUUUUCUAACCACUGAUUAAAAGUGAUUGAAGUUAUGAAUAAGAAAUAUUGUGGAGUCAUAGUUUCCAGACAGGAUGUUGUCAUAGACGUGCUGACAGACUCAACCCAGGGGGUGUCAUGGUGGACAUCGCAGACUCAGGAGGGAUCUCUGUCAUGUACAUGAAAUAAAAAAUAAACCCUGCCAUUUACACUACAA